UCUCUUGCUCUGUGUGAUACACGGUUGCCACAUUCAUUAUAUAUAUUUAUCUGCUUGAAUCAAUUCAAUCGCAUUUCAUUUGUAACACAAAAACCACAACAACAAGAGGGCCUCUCGCCCUCUCUCCCUAUUAUGCCUUCUCUCAGAUCUUAGAUUUCAUCAAUUUCUUCAUCUGGGUUGUCUUCAUUUGGAUGGAAAUGGACCCUGGCAAGCUUUUCAUUGGUGGGAUUUCCUGGGACACAAAUGAAGAACGACUCAGACAGUAUUUCCAGAACUUUGGAGAUGUGGUUGAAGCUGUGAUAAUGAAGGAUCGCACCACGGGGCGUGCCCGUGGUUUUGGAUUUGUUGUUUUUGCCGAUCCUUCUGUUGCUGAGCGAGUUGUUAUGGAAAAGCAUGUCAUUGAUGGUAGAACUGUGGAAGCAAAAAAGGCUGUCCCUAGAGAUGAUCAGAAUGUUCUGAGCAGAAGCAACAGCAGCAGUCAUGGGUCGCCAGUUCCUUCUCCUGUCCGCACAAAGAAGAUAUUUGUUGGAGGUCUACCAUCCACAAUUACUGAGAGUGAUUUUAAGAACUACUUUGAUCAGUUUGGAACAAUUACAGAUGUUGUCGUGAUGUAUGACCAUAACACACAAAGGCCUAGAGGUUUUGGAUUCAUAACCUUUGAUUCUGAGGAAGGAGUUGAGAAAGUUCUGUACAAAACUUUUCAUGAACUGAAUGGUAAAAUGGUUGAGGUUAAGAGAGCUGUUCCCAAGGAAUUAUCUCCAAGUCCAAGUAGAGGCCAGUUAGGUGGAUAUAGUUAUGCUAUGAGUAGAGUUGGUAGCUUUGCUAAUGGUUUCACUCAGGGAUAUAAUCCAGGCAUGGUUGGAGGCCAUGGACUUAGAAUAGAUGGUCGGUUGAGUCCGGUUACUGUUGGUCGUAGCGGAUAUCCUCUUUUGAGUCCUAAUUAUGGGUCAGAACUCAACUUUGAGCUACCAUUGAGCCAAAAUGAAAGUGCAAACUUUACAUCUAACUUCGUCAUAGGACGGGCGCUGAACUCUUCAUACAAUGGAAGUCCGAGCAGGUACAAUAAUGCCAUGGGGUAUGCUGGUUCAAGCAUUGGCAACAAUGCAACCAUAAGUUCAAGUUCAAUAAAUCAAAAUUUGUGGGGGAAUGGGAAUCUUUAUGGUGCUACUAACCCUGCAACCUCUAAUGCUUUUGUUGGUUAUGGAAGUGAAAAUUCAAGCAUGGGUUCUCUUGGUGGUAUUGGAUCACUUUGGAGUUCCUCCCUUGGUAAUAAUCAAGCUGGAACUAUUGGCUCUGGAUAUGGUAAGGGAAGUCUUAGUUAUAGGUCCGGAGAUGUGAUUUUAGGGUCAAAAACAGUAGAUUAUGGAAGAAGCAGUGAAAGCACUGUUGCAUCAGCUCCAUUGUAUACUUUAUCAAAUGGAAAUUAUGAUGAGGCAUUCAAAGAUACUUAUGAAGCUGGGCCAUUUUAUCGUGACCAGACUUGGAGGUCAUCAGCUUCAGAACUAGACGAUUCUGGCAGUCUUGGUUUGGGUUUUGAAAAUGCUGUUUCAGAUUUAAUGAGCAAAGGCUCGGGAGGUCACAUCGGCGCUUAUGCUGUUGCUAGUAGACAAUCAAAUAGAGGGUGAUAAACUAAGAGAUAUGACUUACUUGAAUCAGAAAGUACGGCAAUUCAAAGCUUGUCAUGUACUAAUGUGCCUUUGAACAUGUUUUGCUUCAGGAAUUGCUGCUUAGGAAGGUUAUGUUAUGCUGUGGAUGCUCCGACAGUUUCAGUGAGGUAUUUCUGGUGCAGAAGGUGAAUGAAUGUGGAAAGCUUGAAUCUUCUUGUUUCGAGAUACUUGAAUGCUUCUAAUAUUUCAUUAGAGCCAGUAGGUUUGGCUGUGUUGAAUAACCUGCGAAUACAGAACACUUACAAGGGCUUUAAUAUAAGGAUUGUGCUUGAGUGAAAUAUAGGUUUUUCUUUCUUUCAGGUUUUUGAGACUUGUAAUCAGGUUAUGGAGUUAGUCAGCAAUGUCAUUUGAUGCACACCUCCCACUAUAGAGUAAUACACAAAACAAGACUUCUCCUACAUUUCUUUUUGUUAUUCUGUUUUGGACACUUGAACCAUGUUGCCAGUGUGGGCCAGAAUCUUUUUAUUAUCUCCUGUUCAGUGUUUUGAUUUUUCAGAAACUGUAAAAAUACAUGGUUAAUUUCUCCAUGAUAUUGUCAUGGGAUGUUCAUCUAGUUUCUUUAAAAUAAUAGCUGAUUCGUCUAUGGAACA